CCUUACGGUUACAUAGAAAGAAUCAACGUUAAAGAAAGACUACCAUCUGCAUACAAACUUCGUUGGAUGAUGCAUGCACAAAAGCCCUACUGUCCAUCAGCGAACAGACGACACUCACACUCAACACAAUAUGGCUGGAGUGGAUUUUAUCCUUUCAGGAUGAAACGUAAAGGAGUACCAUCACUUGCACCCAGCUGUCUGUCUAUGAAGAGUGACAUGUCAAAGGAUCCACCACAAAACUUCAGUAUUGGACAUUUUCCAUUAACGCCCAGAAUGAAAUUAGAAGGAGCAUCAACACCCGCACCCAGCCAUAUGUCUAUAAAGAGUGACAUGUCAAAGGAUCCACCACAAAACUUCCGAAGUGGAAAUUCGCCAUUAACGCCCAGAAUGGUUUUAGAAAGACCAUCUGCAUACAAACUUCGUUGGAGGAUGCAUACACAAAAGCCCUACUGUCCAUCAGCGAACAGGAUGAAACGUAAAGGAGUACCAUCACUUGCACCCAGCUGUCUGUCUAUGAAGAGUGACAUGUCAAAGGAUCCACCACAAAACUUCAGUAUUGGACAUUUUCCAUUAACGCCCAGAAUGAAACUAGAAGGAGCACCAUCACCUGCAUUCAGCUAUCUGUCUAUGAAGAGUGACAUGUCAAUGGAUCCACCAAUAAGCUUCCGAAGUGAACAUUCUCCAUUUAUGUCAAGGUCACCAAGUCCACAGUGGCCUUUGAACUUGAACCUUGGCAUUCGUGGCCGCUGUGAAAUUCCAGUCCUGGACAGAUGUUUGUUAACAGAGGAUCACUUCCAAUGCUCAGAAUGUACAAAAGUGCUGAAGGACCCGGUCUCCAUCCCCUGUGGACACAGUUACUGUAGGCAUUGCAUCACCUCAUACUGGGCCCAGCCUAGCCAUGCAGGACACUAUGCCUGCCCCCAGUGCUCACACACAUACAGCUCCUGUCCUGCCCUUUACCCAAACUCAGCCUUGGCAGAGGUGGUCCAGAAGCUCCAGCAGUUCAGUCCUGUUCUCCCUGCUCUCAGCUACGCUGGUCCUGGAGAUGUGGCCUGUGAUUUCUGCACUGGGAAGAAACUCAGGGCAGUGAAAUUCUGUCUGACCUGCUCUGCCUCUUAUUGUGAGUCUCAUGUCAGGCAGCACUACACUGUUCCAGUACUGCAGAGACACACACUGGUGGAACCUCAACACCAGCACCAAGACUCAAAACCCAAAGAGCAGAGUGGCAUUAUGACUGAAGACUCAAACCAGUUGUCUGGAUGUAAGCGGAAAAAACUCAAACAGCUGCAUGACAUGAAUGAUGGAGUUCUGAAACAUGUCAACGAUGUGCAAACCCAAACUGAUCAACCGCAACAAAUGCAGCAAACCUCGGAAGGCACUGGCAAGCUGCUUGAUGAUACUCCAUGUUUUCAGGAUAAUGACCACAAAUGCCCGAAAAGCAAGCAGGUGCUGUCAGUGGCCUGGACUCCGCAGUCUGCUGGCAUUUUACGCCGGCCCGACCCGUGA